AUGGACGCGGAAGAGGCUCGCAAGGCGUUCGAGCUUGCGCGCAAGCAUGAUUCCUCCGGAAACACGGAUGCAGCGCUGAAGUGGGCACGUAAGAGCGUGGCCAUUUACUCGACGCCGGAGGCGACGACGCUCGUCACGCGCCUCGAGAAGUUUGGCGCACAAGCCGAUCCCACGUCGAGCGGACCGAGCAAGGCCGCCGACCCCAAGUCGCAGACCAUUUAUACUUCCAACACGACAAAAACCACGACGUCCAACACGCCGGGGGACAAACGGGAGUACACGGAGAAGCAGGUCGAAAUCGUCCGGCGUGUGAAGCGCGCAGGCGGUGACUUUUAUGCGGUGCUAGAGAUUGAAAAGUCGGCCCAGGAGACGGACGUGAAAAAGUCAUAUAGGAAGCUCGCGCUGCAGCUGCAUCCCGAUAAGAACCGCGCUCCGGGCGCAGACGAGGCUUUCAAGAUUGUCUCCAAAGCGUUCACGGUGCUUUCGGACCCGGAUAAGCGCGCAGCAUACGACCGCUUUGGCGGCGAUCCAGACAGCCGUUUCGGCGCUGCGUCCGCGUCCAGCUCGGCGAAUGCCUUCUCUGGCUUUGGCCAGGGACCUCGCAUGCGCCCAGGAAUGGGGCAAGAGGUCGACCCCGAGGACCUCUUCAACAUGUUCUUUGGCGGGGGGAUGGGAGCUGGUCCUGGCUUUGGCGCAGGCGGACCCAUGUUCACCUUUGGCGGCCCAGGGUUCCGCACGCAGUAUUACCGCGCAGGAGGUGCACGCCAGCGCCCUGCGCAAGGGCAGCGCCAGGGUAACAACAACAACCAAACCGGCCUGUGGUUCCAGUUGCUCCCUAUCCUUAUUCUCGUGGCAUUCUCGCUCCUGUCGUACUUGCCGACACUCUUCACGACGCCAGACCCCGACUUCCGCUGGCGGCCAACGACUCUACACCGUGCGCACCGCACGACGUUUGAGCGGGGCGUGUCGUACUACGUCGACCCUGUGUCGUUUGCGCGCCAUCCGUUUGUGACUUCGACACAGACUUCGACGCGCAAGGGUAGUACCAUGCAGCGCUUCUCCAAGGACAAGAGCAGUCCCGAACUACUUGGAUUUGAAAAACGCGUCGAGGACGCCUGGAUGAAGGAGCUCUACCGCCAGUGUGAGAAUGCCCAGGAGUACAAACGCCGGCGCCUGCUGGACGCGCAAGGGUUCUUCGGAUUUGGUGGUGACCAGGCCAAGAUUGCCAAGAUCCAGGCAGAGGUGUACGAGAGCUGCGAGCAGCUCGCUCGCCUCUACCACAUUCUCUACGACAACAUGGAGAUCGUCACCCGAUCGCAUCCCAGUGCAUUCCCGUCGGUGCUCCGCCAAAAGCGCCAGUUGGUCAGCAACGCGCUCGGUGACGACGGCGGCGCUGCUAUGGAGCAGGCCACGAUCAAGGAAAAGUGCCCGGGAUGCGGCAACGAAGAGAUGAACUUCCAUACCCUUCAGCUGCGCAGUGCGGACGAAGGCUCUACCGUCUUCUACGACUGCCCCAAGUGCGGCUACAAGUUCAGCCAGAACAACUAA